AUGACGCUCUUAACGGAUGCCAUGCCCCAGGUGAAGCAGCCCUAUCCGCUGCCUCUGGUCCGACGUCCCUGGGUCCUCUCGAGCCUGUUUGCUGCCUUCAAUGUGGUGCUGCUGGUCUUUUUCAGUGGCCUCUUCUUCGCAUUCCCUUGCAGGUGGCUGGCUCAGAACGGGGAGUGGGUCUUUCCCGCCAUCACAGGCCUCCUCUUUGCUCUCACCUUCUUCAGUCUCGUUUCACUCAACUUCUCAGACCCUGGCAUCUUACAUCAAGGCUCCGCUGAGCAGGGCCCCUUGACAGUGCAUGUGGUGUGGGUGAACCACGGGGCCUUCCGCCUGCAGUGGUGCCCAAAGUGCUGCUUCCACCGCCCGCCCCGGACCUACCACUGCCCCUGGUGCAACAUCUGUGUGGAGGACUUUGACCACCACUGCAAGUGGGUCAACAACUGCAUCGGUCACCGCAACUUCCGCUUCUUCAUGCUGCUGGUCCUGUCCCUGUGCCUCUACUCAGGCGCCCUGCUGGUCACCUGUCUCACCUUCCUGGUGCGCACGACCCACCUGCCCUUCUCCACGGACAAGGCCAUCGCCAUCGUGGUGGCUGUGCCCGCCGCGGGCUUCCUGGUGCCGCUGUCCAUCCUGCUGCUGACCCAGGCCGUGUCCGUGAGCUCGGCCGACCGCACCUACAAGGUCAAGUGCAGACACCUUCACGGAUACAACCCCUUCGACCAGGGCUGUGCCAGCAACUGGUAUUUAACACUUUGUGCACCACUGGGACCCAAGUACAUGGCUGAAGCUGUCCAGCUGCAGAGAGUGGUGGGGCCUGACUGGACAUCCGUGCCCAACCUGCACCCUCCAAUGUCCCCCUCUACUCUCAACCCCCCAGCCUGCCCUGGCCCAGCCCCAACCUCCGGGUACCUACAAACCAGGGAAGGGUCCCCCAGGGUGUGGUGA